CAAUUGGGCAAUUAGUUGAAAGGGGUGUGUUCAAAAAAAUAGCAGUGUCUACCUUUGACUGUACAAACUCAAAACUAUUUUGUACAAACAUUUUUUUUUUCUGGGAUUUAGCAAUCCUGUGAAUCACUAAACUAAUAUUUAGUUGUAUGACCACAGUUUUUUAAAACUGCUUGACAUCUGUGUGGCAUGGAGUCAACCAACUUGUGGCACCUCUCAGCUGUUAUUCCACUCCAUGAUUCUUUAACAACAUUCCACAAUUCAUUCACAUUUCUUGGUUUUGCUUCAGAAACAGCAUUUUUGAUAUCACCCCACAAGUUCUCAAUUGGAUUAAGGUCUGGAGAUUGGGCUGGCCACUCCAUAACAUUAAUUUUGUUGGUUUGGAACCAAGACUUUGCCCGUUUACUAGUGUGUUUUGGGUCAUUGUCUUGUUGAAACAACCAUUUCAAGGGCAUGUCCUCUUCAGCAUAGGGCAACAUGACCUCUUCAAGUAUUUUAACCUAUGCAAACUGAUCCAUGAUCCCUGGUAUGCGAUAAAUAGGCCCUACACCAUAGUAGGAGAAACAUGCCCAUAUCAUGAUGCUUGCACCUCCAUGCUUCACUGUCUUCACUGUGUACUGUGGCUUGAAUUCAGAGUUUGGGGGUCGUCUCACAAACUGCCUGUGGCCCUUGGACCCAAAAAGAACAAUUUUACUCUCAUCAGUCCACAAAAUGUUCCUCCAUUUCUCUUUAGGCCAGUUGAUGUGUUCUUUGGCAAAUUGUAACCUCUUCUGCACAUGCCUUUUUUUAACAGAGGGACUUUGCGGGGGAUUCUUGAAAAUAGAUUAGCUUCACACAGACGUCUUCUAACUGUCACAGUACUUACAGGUAUACUUUCUACUGCACAUCUGUACCGCAGGUAUACUUUCUACUGCACUUCUGUACCGCAGGUAUACUUUCUACUGCACUUCUGUACCGCAGGUAUACUUUCUACUAUGCUGCUAUACCGCAGGUAUACUUUCUACUAUAUUUCUGUACCGCAGGUAUACUUUCUACUGCACAUCUGUACCGCAGGUAUACUUUCUACUGCACUUCUGUACCGCAGGUAUACUUUCUACUGCACUCCUGUACCGCAGGUUUACUUUCUACUAUGCUGCUAUACCGCACGUAUACUUUCUACUGCACUUCUGUACCGCAGGUAUACUUUCUACUGCACUUCUGUACCGCAGGUAUACUUUCUACUAUGCUGCUAUACCACAGGUAUACUUUCUGCUGCACUUCUGUACCGCAGGUAUACUUUCUACUGCACUUCUGUACCGCAGGUAUACUUUCUACUAUGCUGCUAUACCGCACGUAUACUUUCUACUGCACUUCUGUACCGCAGGUAUACUUUCUACUGCACUUCUGUACCAAAGGUAUAUUUUCUACUAUAUUUCUGUACCACAGGUAUACUUUCUACUGCACAUCUGUACCGCAGGUAUACUUUCUACUGCACUUCUGUACCGCAGGUAUACUUUCUACUGCACUUCUGUACCGCAGGUAUACUUUCUACUGCACUUCUGUACCGCAGGUAUACUUUCUACUAUGCUGCUAUACCGCAGGUAUACUUUCUACUGCACUUCUGUACCGCAGGUUUACUUUCUACUAUGCUGCUAUACCGCACGUAUACUUUCUACUGCACUUCUGUACCGCAGGUAUACUUUCUACUGCACUUCUGUACCGCAGGUAUACUUUCUACUGCACUUCUGUACCGCAGGUAUACUUUCUACUAUGCUGCUAUACCGCAGGUAUACUUUCUACUAUGCUGCUAUACCGCAGGUAUACUUUCUACUAUACUUCUGUACCGCAGGUAUACUUUCUACUGCACUCCUAACCGCAAGGUUGUCGGUUUGAUUCAUCGUGGAAAUCCCGCACCGAACCCUCCCCGGGCACCGCAGCAUAAAUAAAUGCCCUAAAUGCCUAGGAGCCUAAAUGGUGUUUAGAAAUAAAAUUAGAGAU